AUGAAUGUGCUGUCAAACCAGGUGAUCAGGGCCCAGGAGCAGUCUCUACCUCUCUGUGGCCCCACGUCUGUCCAGGAUUUAUCCCACUGCCCUCCAGGGUUCAACCUGACCUCCCGCCUAAAUGCUGCACCCAUGCUUGGCCUCCAGAGUGGCCAAAGAUCAACCAAACCUCAGAGGGAGCUGAGCCCAGAGGAGCAGCAGGAGCUCAGGAGGAAGAUCAAUAGCAGGGAGAGGAAGCGGAUGCAGGAUUUAAACAUCGCCAUGGAUGCCCUGAGGGAGGUCAUGGUGCCUUACGCCUCCUCGCCAUCUUCUGCCUCCUCCUCUCAGUCCCACCAGCCCGGAGCUCCUCCAGGCCGCAGGCUUUCCAAGAUCUCCACCCUGGUUCUGGCCAGAAACUACAUCCUCCUCUUGGGUUCAUCUUUGCAGGAGAUGCGGCGGCUGCUAGGGGAGGUAAGCGUUGGGAUGGGGAUGAACACAGGACCGGUCCCCCGGCUGCUGUUUGCUGGAGGUUGGCCCCUCAUCUCUGGCCCCAGCCAGCUCCUCCUCACCCAGGAGUCCCUCCUCACCUCAGCAGCCCCCUCCUCCACUUCCUCCACUUCAUCGUCCUCGGCUGCUAAAUGUACCCUGUUAUCUCCGGGACCCAUGGACGCCUCGCUGGCUCCUAUGCAGUGGAGCUCUACAGGGGCCUCAGGAGGGCCCCUGUGCCCGUGUGGAGUCUGCAGACUGCCUAGAUUUAGCCAUUCAACUCCGGCUCCAAGAUUCCCAAAGUGA